AUUUUAAAUUAAACUAGCCUAGUUACUUAGUAACAUGUAAUCUAAACAUUCAGAAACUAGAUAGAGUUGGACCUAUCAAGUAAGUUUAUGAAUAAUUUUUUAAAGGAAGACAAACUCUUAUUAGAACUUAUCAAACUUAAUGGCUGUACAUCUUGGAAUCGAAUAGCAAUAGAACUUUAAUCUUAAAUGUAGAAUCAAACAAAAAUACGUACUCCUGCAGCAUGUAGAGAACGAUACUAAAACAUUCUUAACCCUAACUUGAAUAAAAGUGUAUGGACAGAAGAAGAAGAACAAAAAUUAUUCAAUCUUUAACAAUCUUUUGGUAACAGUUGGGCUAGGAUAGCUUCUUAAAUGACUGGUCGUUCUGAUUUACUAUGUAAAAACUACUUUUAUGCUACUCUAAGAAAAGUUUUACGUCGUCUCAGUAAAGCAGUGGGAUUAGAUUAAUGUAAUAAGUUUAUGAAUCUCUUUUAGCUUCAGAUUUAUUAAAAUAAAUUAAACCUAGUGUUUUAGGUGUAAUCUAUUGCAAUGACGAUUCUUUAAAAAGUUUCAAUAUUGAUGAAGAAAUGAAAAAUUAAUUUAAAAAUAUGAUCAAGUAAUAUAGACAUACAGAAAAAUCAGAAUUAAGAAUGCUAUCUGAAGAAGAUAUCAAUCAUAUCAAAAAAAUGUUAAAUAAACUAUUUACAAUAAAGUAUUUCAUAUUUUAUUAUUCUAGUGAGAAUUAUAUUUCUUAAAAAGGUGGAAUUUCACUCAAUGCAACACUCAAACAAGAUCUAACAUCUUUAGAACCAUUAAAAUAAUCUAACCUUAAUCAAAUUUGUUAAUCUGAUUCAAAAAUAGAAACUAAAAUCUAAGCAUCAAAUCUAAAAUAUGAUUAUUAGGAAGAAUAUGAUUAAUAAUAAAACUACUAAACUCAAAUCUUCUAAGAGUAAUAACCAAUUCCAAAUUUAGAUAAAUAACUUCACUCUAAUUUCUAUUCAAUUCAAUAACCCUUUGUAAUUAAUCAUUUUACAAUAGAUUUCAAUGUGUACUCCUCCACCUGUUUUAACAUUUUAUAUCUAACCAAAUUUUCAUUUUUGGUCAUUCUAAACUCCCUAACCAUACAGUCCACCAUAAUACUUUUAAAUCCCUUAAACUUAUCAUCCUUACAUCAAAUAUGAAUAAUCAUAAUGAUCUAAUUUAAUCAUAAAAAAAACAUCAA